AGGAGGCCCAGCGUUGGGUUUGGCCCUGAGAAUAAGAAAGAAACAAAAUAUUCUACACGUCCCAAGGUCCCAGCCUUGGACUCUGACCGCGCAUUUUGAUGUAACCAGCGCCCCGAGCCCAAGUGGGAAUGAAAUCUCCAGGUCCCGCUUUCACCAGCCCAGCGGUGACAGCGUCCGCGAAAUCCGCGAGAUGAGCCCGCCCUAACUAGUUUGUCCCUGCGGCCGCCUCGUAGGUUGAGUCUCUGCGCCGGGCGUCGCACCGGGCCUCAUUGCCAUGGCUGCUGCUGGUGGCGUCGCCCCCGCUGGCGAGGGGCUGCGCUACGCCGAGUACACGCCGCACUCGGCCAAACGGCCGGACGCCGACAUCGGCCAGCAGGGACUGGCAAGAAGUUUGAUAGCUGUAGGACUGGGUGUUGCAGCUCUUGCAUUUGCAGGUCGCUAUGCAUUUCAGAUCUGGAAACCUCUAGAACAAGUAAUUACGGAAACUGCAAAGAAGAUUUCAACUCCUAGCCUUUCAUCCUACUAUAAAGGAGGAUUUGAACAGAAAAUGAGUAGGCGAGAAGCUAGUCUUAUUUUAGGUAUAAGCCCAUCUGCUGGCAAGGCCAAGAUUAGAACAGCUCAUAGGAGAAUCAUGAUUUUGAAUCACCCAGAUAAAGGUGGAUCUCCUUACUUAGCAACCAAAAUAAAUGAAGCAAAAGACUUGCUAGAAGCAACCACCAAACAUUGAUCGAUGCUCAAGGACCACGCUGAAGGAUAAAAGGGAGGGGGACUUAAAAAAAUCAAACAAAACAGUCCUACAAAUUAAUCUAAACACUCUUCUUAAUUUUCAUACAUAUAUUGACCACAAUCAUCUUCCACCAUUAAGCUAUGUAACAAUAAAAGAUUAAUAGUCUUGUUUUUUGUUCUCUUUUAAAAGAACCCCUUAAAAUUCUAUAAGUGAUCUUUUUCUUUAUUUUUUUUCUAUGAUAGUUAUACUUUUUAAGAUUUUUGUUAAGUUAGUCCUAAAUCCCCCCACAACACACAAGCAGGCAAAAAGUAUUAUUGUCAUGAAUGCGAUUGGGAUUCAUGAGCAAUGAGUGGAAAUUUUCUUACUGCUUAUAUUUGUACCCUUGUUGUCCCCUGUUUCCUUAGAGGAAUUUGGGACUUUGCCUAUAUAAGUGCUUUAAAUAUUUUGAGACCAAACACUGGCUGCCACCUCCUGGGAAAAUGAUCUGAAAUGUAAUGGAGUUUACUAACUGAUGUUUUGUAAGGUAGUGGUUAGGCCUUGUUAAAGAAUGCUACUCUCUCUAAGAUCCUAUAGCUGAAGCAUGAGAACUUAGAGAGCUACUAAAAUGAUGAAAGAUUUACAAAAUGAGCCCUAUGAGGAAAGGCUGAAAAGAGCUAGGAGAAAUCUGAGGGAUUUAUUUUAAUUAUAGUCUUCCAGUGCUAUAUAUUUAUUCAUUAUUCAUUCUACAAAUAUUUAUUGACCACCUAUGAUGCGUAAGGCACUGUAGUGGGUCCCCUGAGAGUAACAAGUAGGAGCUAGUCAUGGAUCCUCACCCAAAGGAACUUACAUUUAGAGGAAGGAUAAAUCGCAUAAAUAAUGAAUGCUGUUAGAGAAGUUCAAAUGAUAUGUUAAAGAAGUUCAAAAGAAGAAAAGAAUAUUUUAAACUGAAUGCACAUGAGGGCGUGCUGAGUGGAAUAAGUGGCAUAGAGCUAGGCUUUACAAAAUUAAACAGAGAUGCUGCAUGAUUGGGCAGUGUUUCCCCUGAGAUCGGAAUUCGCAGAAAUAGACAUAUCAAUUAGCCUGAUUGGAGUGCAGGGUUUCUCAAAAGCAAGGGUUGGACAGAGUGGUCAUGAAAGGCCAGCCCUGUGACUUACACUGCAUUAAACUAAUUUCUCAAAUCACAGUCCCAGAGCAGCACUUUAUAAUUCCAAAGGUGAACAGAUUCAGAUACAGAGUACCGGCAUUAUUUCCCAAUACUCCUUUACAAAUCUUGGGUUCAUUCUAGGCAAAUUGAACUACUGUGUUUCAUCUACCUUAAAAUAGUUUUUAAAUAUCCUAGAUGCAUCUUUCAAGUUCUGACAUUCUGUAGCUUAAGAGUUUUCAACAUUAGCACUAUUGACAUAUUGGGCCAAAUAAUUCCUUUUUAUGGGGAGCUCUCCUGUGCAUUGUAGACGAUUAGCAACAACCCAGGCUGUUUGUUACCUACUAGAGACCAGUAAGUAGCUCCUCCUCAAGUUGUGACGACCAAAAAUGUUUCCAGACAUUGCCAAAUGUUCUUUGAAGGACAAGACUGUCCAAAGUUGAGAGCCACUGCUGUAGAUGUUUAAUUAAUUGUUUUUUUCUUUUGGUACAUAAAAUAAUGGUGUGACUUUAAAUUGAUUGAAGCUUAGAGACAAUAAAAUAUGGUUCUUGCUUUAAA